UUGAUCACGUGGUUCCUGAGCCAGGUACCAGUUUGCUGACUGCGUUCGACCAGUGGCGAGAAUGGGCAGACAGCAAAUCCUGCUGCGACUACUCUCUGCAUGUGGAUAUCACCGAGUGGCAUAAAGGUGUCCAGGAGGAGAUGGAAGCUCUGGUUAAAGAUCAUGGUGUGAACUCCUUUUUGGUUUACAUGGCUUUCAAAGAUCGCUUUCAGCUCACUGAUUCUCAGAUAUAUGAGGUCCUGAGUGUAAUCCGGGAUAUCGGUGCGACAGCUCAAGUGCAUGCUGAGAAUGGUGACAUCAUCGCUGAGGAGCAGCAAAGGAUCCUGGAACUGGGGAUCACAGGGCCUGAAGGGCAUGUGUUGAGCAGACCUGAAGAGGUGGAGGCAGAGGCUGUGAACCGGGCAAUAACCAUCGCCAACCAAACCAACUGCCCUCUUUAUAUCACCAAGGUGAUGAGCAAAAGUGCUGCUGAUGUCAUUGCUCAAGCCAGGAAAAAGGGCACUGUGGUGUAUGGAGAGCCCAUCACAGCCAGCUUGGGCACCGAUGGCUCUCAUUACUGGAGCAAGAACUGGGCUAAAGCAGCAGCUUUUGUUACUUCCCCACCGCUGAGUCCUGACCCAACCACUCCUGAUUUUCUCAACUCACUACUGGCCUGUGGAGACCUGCAAGUUACUGGCAGUGCCCACUGCACCUUCAACACUGCUCAGAAAGCUGUUGGGAAGGACAACUUUACCCUGAUCCCUGAAGGAACCAAUGGGACCGAAGAGAGGAUGUCCAUCAUCUGGGAUAAGGCUGUGGUGACUGGCAAGAUGGAUGAGAACCAGUUUGUUGCUGUGACCAGCACAAAUGCAGCUAAAAUCUUUAACCUGUACCCGCGGAAGGGCCGUAUUGCAGUGGGUUCGGAUGCUGAUCUGGUUAUCUGGGAUCCUGACAGUGUCAAGACAAUCUCUGCCAAGACUCAUAACAUAUCUCUGGAGUACAAUAUCUUUGAAGGGAUGGAGUGCCGCGGGUCUCCCCUGGUGGUUAUCAGCCAGGGGAAGAUCGUGCUGGAGGAUGGGAAUCUUCAUGUCACCGAGGGAUCUGGCCGGUAUAUCCCCAGGAAACCGUUCCCUGACUUCGUUUACAAGCGCAUCAAAGCAAGGAGCAGGCUGGCCGAGCUGCGGGGCGUGCCUCGAGGCCUCUACGACGGACCUGUUUGCGAAGUGUCGGUGACACCCAAUACCGUCACACCAGCCUCUUCAGCUAAAACAUCUCCUGCCAAACAGCAGGCCCCACCCGUGAGGAACCUGCACCAGUCUGGAUUCAGCUUGUCUGGGGCACAGAUCGACGACAACAUCCCACGCCGCACCACCCAGCGCAUCGUGGCACCGCCCGGCGGACGUGCCAACAUCACCAGCUUGGGCUAAGGACCGACCCCUUCUGUGCCCGCCUAGCGGACCAGGGGACGGGGGCACCUGGAGACCCUUUUUGAUUCUUUUAGAGCCUGUGACAGUUACUGCGGGCAACCAGUGAGGGGGGGCUGAAGUACGGCACCUCUUUCAGUCCCCUCAGAUUCCCUCCUCAUCUUCACCAACCCCUCUCACUCCCCCCACCUUCAGCCUCUACACAUUUAAAGAAAUAAACCCUGUUUUGACACCUCUGACAUGCAAAAGUAAAUGUAAAGAGGAUGUUUGAGAUAUGUGGCCUCUGUCCCAUUCAGCAUCUUUCUUUUAAUAAAGGAAGGAUAAAGUGAAUUUCCCGGGAGCUGCCUUUAAGACACACACAAAAAGGAAUAAAUGAAUAAUAAAUGUAAAAAA